AUGUGGUUUAUUUUCCAAUCAGAUGUAGAACAUGUAUUUAAUGCGCAAGAAACUAGCUGGGGCUUCCGAUCAUUUAUCGCUCUCAGUGAUCUCAGCCCAAAAACGGGGUUUAUGAUUAAUGGCACAAUUAUUCUGGAAUUAGAGGUGUCCCUUGGAGAUGUCAUCAAUUACUCGACAGACAGAGGUAAAACGGAAACUGUGUCCAAGAGUGAGAUGGAGCUCCAAGCCAAGGAUGCCAAGAUUAAGGAACUGGAGAAAGCAAUGAUGACUAUUGAGACGGCAAAGGCGAUGGUUAAUGAAGAGCUCAAGGCUUGCAAACAAGAACUGGCAAUAAAGGACACUGCUCGUGAAUUGGAGCCCCAAAUCAGUAAUUCCGAGAUCGAGGAGCUGAAGAAUGAGAUAAAGAGUCUCCAAGAUGCAAACCAGAAGGUUGAAGAAGAGCUAGAAAUGGGGGACAUGGGGAAAGAGACCCAAAACUCAGCCUCUCAGACUAUUACAGUAUUGUUGAACUUUGUGUCGCCUUUUCUUGAUCUUAGCUACCAUUUCUGGUGUUGUAGUAGCGGAGAUUAUGGCAGGCAGCUGAUGAUAUAUCCAAAGGGGAAAAAUGUGAAGUAUUUGUCAGUGUACUUGAACGUGCCGGAUGCCGCUAGUUUGCCUAAUGGAUGGAGCCGAUAUGCAGAUUUCUGCUUCUAUGCACGGCAUGUAUUUAAUGCGGAAGCAAUUGGGUGGGGCUUCCCAUCAUUUAUCCCACUUAGUGAUCUCAGCCAAAAAAAGGGGUAUAUGAUAAAAGGCACAAUUAUUCUGGAAGUAGAGGUGUCCGUUCGUGAUGUCAUCAAUUACUCGGCGAAAAUCAUCUCCAAGAGUGAGAUGAAGCUCCAAGACAAAGAUGCCAAGCUUGAGGAACUGAAGAAAGCGAUGACGACUGUUGUGAUGGCAAAGGCCAUGGUUGAUGAAGAGCUCAAUGCUUGCAAACAAGAGCUGGCAAUAAGGGACACGGCUCUUCAUUAUCAUGAACUGGAACUCCAAACCAGUAAUUCCAAGAAUGAGGAGCUGAAGAAUGAGAUAAAGAGUCUCCAAGACAAAAAAUAUAAGGUUGAAGAAGAGCUCAAACGAUGCCAAAGAGAGCUAGAAAUGGGGGACGUGAUCGCUAGACUCAAAGAUCUUGAACAUGAGUUAGCUAUUGCCAAGAAAGCCGGAGAGAUUAAAGAAUUGUUCACCAGCUUGAAAUAUUCGGAAAAAAGAGUGCAAGACGUGAAGGAGGCCGCUGCUGAUUGGCGAUCCUUAACUUUCUCAACCUGUGGACUAGAGGGUGCACAAAUGUGAAAAUAAUCGUACAAGAGUUCACAUAAAAAAUUGUAGCAAUUGGCA